GCCCCUUUUCAGAUUUCUUACUCAACCCGAGGUAGUAUCCACGAUCAACUGUUCUAUAACCGCCGAUGACAUGUUCGCCUAUUAUCGGAAAGAAUGGCCGGACAAAAACCUUUCAGCAAUAUACGACGCGCUUAGCAAAGACCUGGAAGAAAUUAUUGAUUCUAAUUUUUUUAAUACGGAUACAACGCGAGUUUUGGAGAAUAUUUGGGACACUUGGGAUAUGUGGAAAAAAAAAUUUAUUCAACAAAGCUGUGACAAACAGGAUAUCCACCGUAAAGCUCGGUUUCAAAUGAGCACCACGAAAUACCAAAAAGGUGUUGCCACGGUUGUCGAUGCAGAAAUUGACAAGUGGACUGAAGAAGCGAUAAAUGAUGAAAUCCCAAUCUCCAAGCGACCUCAUGAAAAUGAAGAGGCAAUUGCUUCUAAAAAGACCAAAAAUAGAAAUGAAAAAGAGUCGGUUGAAGAACGUAUCUCUCAAGAAGAUUUGUUAAACUCAGUGAAUGAAGUAUCUAAUACCUUCAAGCAAAUCGAGUUCCCAACGUAUUAUGAUAAACUCAAAACCAUAUGGCACACUUGUAAUGCCGGAGCGAGUUAUUUUGUGUUAGAUUUAAGAGACAAAGAUAUAUUAAAUCAAGUACAUAAUCUUUUGGACGAAUAUGAACUAGAAUCGCUGUUCGAGAGAUUGUCUUUAGAGGAUGAAAAUGAACAUAUGAGUAAGACUGCACGUGAAUAUAUGACGUUGUUUGAUCAAAUUAUAGAAGAUUCUUCGGAAGAAGAGGGAGAAGAGGAUGCGGGGGAUGUUGCUGAAAAUGGUGUCAAAAUUGAAGACGAAGCUGUUUCUGAAAUGGGAAAAAUAGCACAUAGUUUGAAUGGAACAGCCAAAAAACUUCGAUUCCUAUCAAACACCAUUCCCAUUCCGGUGCAAGACUACGAUCAAUCUCAAUUUACAGAUGUACAUAUUAUUAAAAGCGUUUCCAGUCAUUUAGAUGCUGUCACUAAAAUGAAAGGAAUUGUGAAAAACACUACUGAACGAUCAUGGACAUCGCAUAUAUUAGCUUAUCUUUUUUUUAUUACAUUUAGUUUUCUUGAUUCUGUGCAAUAUUUUUCAUGUGAGCGGACUAUUUCUACGAAGAUGGAUUCUCAGCCCACAGAUUAUAGAGCGGAUGGAGUAGCUGAAUUCUUUGAACGUCCAAAACAAAUCCCGUUGUUUCUGCUUGAAGUUUCUGGAGACCCUGGUGAUCCGGAUCCCGAUAAGUUUAAUACUGAUAGACUCAAAUUAAUGAAUGAAGGCGUCUUCGCUCUUAACAAAUUUAUGACAAAAACAGGACUGCCAACAUGGAACAUGUGUAAGACAUUGGGAAUUUUCCUUGCUCAGGGAUUUGGUGAUGAGCUCGAGGUUGGUCAGAUUAUUUAUAUUGGUCCAGGCUUAUAUCUAUUUUCACCAUUUACGAUGCCUAACCUCAUUAUUCCAACUUCUGCUACUAAUUUGGAACAUGUGCCUCGACUAAUUCGAACACUAUUAUGUUUGCGAUAUAAUGUUAUCAAGAAGAUUGAAAAUUUUAAGAAAUUCGAAAGAAGUGGACAACGUCGUAUUAUGAAACCCACAACUAAAUAUGCUACUGGGUUUUCACCAGGCCGGCCUAGAGCUGUGACUUUUGCUGAAUUUUUACCUAAAGAGACAUCUAGUAAUAGUAAUGGACAAGGGAAU